AUGGAUGUGUUGGAAGAAGAGCGCAACGGUAGCCAAUCUUCUUACAGAAUAGUAAAGAAAGAGCAUAUGUGCGAAAGUGCACUGUCAUCUGUUAGGGCAUUUCUUUAUUUGGAGGUAGAUUUUCAGAGAAUGCUAUCUGCACUUUGUGUUAUUUUCUUUAUGGUAAGAAAGCCACUCUUGUGCCAUUCAUUUUUUCUCGGAGGAUUGCAUCUCUCAAUAGCUGCAGAGAGCAUUGGCAGCCUAAACAAGCACAUAUUCAGAGUUUUCCCAUUAUUAGGGCUUCUUGUAGAUCUGUUUAUCUGCCAGCCCAGACAAAAAGUGCUAAUUACUGUUUCAAUCUUGGUUUUUUUAUUGCUGUAUGCAAAAAUAGUAGCAGCCUACACUUUGCUCGAUGAUGAUGCUGAGCUCCUGCUGAUUUUAGUAGCACUGAUGAUUUUUAUGGGUAGAAACCUGAUCAUAAACGCAACACUGCAGGACUUCACGCGAUCCAUCAGCGCACAGCAGGUUUACAGUGUCUGUGUGUCUAUUGUGUUCAUUCAAAAGCUGUUCAUAGGACUGUACAGUAUAAUAAUGUAUACGUAUAUACAUAACACAUUGGAGAUCCUUGGUUUUAGCGUUUUUCUAGACAUACUCAGUGCUUUUAUGGUAGGUAUUUUUAUAGGAGUGUCCUAUGCUGUGUAUGAAAUACUUCACCUGGAGUGUUCAGAAGUAAUUGACAAAUCACUCUUUUUAAAGCUGCGCAGAACAUAG